AUGCUUGUCGAUCCUGAGUUCCAUACACCCGAAAAAGUUGAUUUGCUUAUUGGUGGAGAACUAUUUUUCGACAUCCUCAAACCGAGUUCGAUUCAUCUUGCCGAUGGAUUACCACAGCUACGAGACACUCACUUCGGAUGGGUCGUAGCUGGUGUCAUCAUUGAUCCACACGUAGUCAACGUGUCCCUCCAGUAUUCGCACACAACCGUCGAAGACAUCGAGCGAAAAAUGCAACAGUUCUGGCAAACAGAAGAAGUGCCUAACGUUCCAAAACUGUCAACAGCCGAAAUAAAUCUUUCCCAGCUGGGUAAUUGUCGUUGUCUGGCCUUGAAGCGAUUUCUCAUGCUGGAGAAACGAUUGAUUCGAAACCCUGAGCUGCAAACCCAGUACGUAAACUUCAUCCGGGAAUAUGAGUCUUUAGGUCAUUGUCGUGAGGUAGCCGAGUCGGAGGACGUACCAAACCAACAAGUGUAUUACCUCCCGCACCAUGCAGUACUGCGGCCGUCCAGCUCGAGCACGAAAUACCGUGUCGUGUUCGACGCAAGCGCAAAAUCUUCACCAUUGGAAGUUUCCCUUAAUGAUGUGCUUCAGAUCGGCCCAGUAGUACAAAACGACUUAUACCAUAUUGUGCUACGAUUCCGUACGUUUAGAGUGGCCUUCACCGCAGACAUUUCUAAAAUGUACCGCCAGAUACUCGCAGCUCCAUCGGACCGUCGAUUUUUGAGAAUUUUCUGGAGAGAAAAGCCGUCGUUACCUUUGCGCGUGUUGGAAUUAUGCACUGUCACGUACGGCACUGCCUCGGCACCGUACCAAGCAACAAGAUGUUUACUGCAACUUGCCGAAGAGGACGGUAGAGAAUUUCCUAUUGCUACGCGCAUAGUAAAGGAAGAGACGUACAUGGAUGAUGUACUCUCGGGUGCAGACUCAGUGGAACAGGCCCUUGAGGCGCAGAACCAGCUGAAGCAGCUUCUUCACCAGGGAGGCUUCCCUAUACAUAAGUGGUGUUCCAACUCGCAAGAGUUCCUCGAGCACAUACCGGUCGAUGAGCAGGAGAAAAUGGAUGCUUCCGAAAACCGUGGUGUGAAUUCAGCUAUUAAAGUGCUCGGAUUGCGUUGGAAUCCUACCACAGAUUCACUUUCCAUCGCAAAUCAUACGAAUCCAUCGGUCCCAAAAUUGUUGACGAAACGAAUACUGUAUUCAGAAAUCGCUAAGUUCUUUGAUCCCCUAGGCCUGGUGUCACCGGUAAUAGUGAAGGCGAAACUUCUAGCGCAGCAACAGUGGCAAGCUAAGAUUGGAUGGGAUGAUCCUGUGGACGACAACAUAAAGGAACAGUGUGCGGUAACCUAUGACGUACAUGGUUUUUCAGAUGCUUCUACAGUAGCAUAUGGAGCAUGCAUUUACCUCCGAAGUCUAUUUGCCGAUGGGCCGGCCUCGCUUUGUCUUCUAACCAGUAAAUCAAAACUGGCCCCCUUGGAAGAACUCUCCAUUCCGCGGAAGGAACUGUGUGCCGCUUUAUUGCUAUCCAGACUAAUGCAGAAGGUGUUGCCAGCAUUAACGAUGAAAAUCCAGGAAACAGUACUGUGGUCUGACAGUACGAUUGUUUUAGCAUGGAUUAAAAAACCACUGAAUCAACUUCAACAGUACGUGCGCAAUAGAAUCGCUCUGAUUCAAGAGCAGACUAGUGAGCAUCGAUGGAAGCAUGUCAGAUCGCAGCAAAACCCAGCCGAUAUCAUCUCCCGAGGCCAACUUCCUGAGUAUCUUCAGAACAAUCCGCUCUGGUGGAGCGGUCCCGAAUUCCUGAAUAGGGAAAAGUAUGAAGUAGACGUGCCCGAAACUAUACCUGAUGAAGAGCUACCAGAACUUAAAUCCAUGGUGACAGUGUCAAACGAUGAUGGUUUGCUGGCCCAUUUCUACAAGCAAAGUAGUUUCCAUAAAAUUCAACGAGUCGUGGGAUACAUUUUGCGCUUCGCUAAGAAUUGUGAGAAGAAGCGUGCCGAACGUGAGCUUGGGACACAUUUAACCGUCAGUGAGCUACGCCAAUCCACGGAAACCAUUGCAUAUGUCGUACAGCAGUUCCAUUUUGCCGAUGAAAUCAAGCGCGUUGUUACCAAUCAACCGUGCCGAAAACUUGGUAAUUUACGCCCGGUUUACGUCAAUAAGCUUCUCCGCGUGGGUGGUCGGUUGGAUCGCUCGCAACAACCUUUCGAGAAUCGUCAUCCUAUAAUAUUGCCGGAUAAGGAUCCGGUGGUGCGGCUGCUAGUACAACAGAUGCACAUCGAGUUACUCCACUGGUACUUCACGGCUGGCAUAUUGUUGCGCAAUAGCGAUCAAAAGGCCACCGAAGCGAACUUUGUUGCUGUUGGCUGGGCUCCGAUCACAACGAAAAACAUUGAAGCCUGCACCAAAAAGUAG